CCGCGGUUAGGGUGAGUCAGUCGACCACUGUGCACAAUGGUUAUGGCAGCUUGUCCUCUUUGUUUCAGAGGAGAGAGAGAAAAGAAGCGAGAAAUGUUUAGAGGGAAGGACUCCAUCUUUGUAAGGACGGUCAGGUAUUUUGUUGUGGAACGAUCGCCUGAGCAAAAUCUGGGGUUUAUUUCUCUUUCUCAUGUGGAUUUGAGGUUUGUUAGCUGUUGAGUUCCACACGCGAGGGUUUGUGGAGUGUUUUGAGGUUUGAUUUCUUGUGAUUCAUCUGUGAUUGUCGUGGAUUCUAGGUUUUGGUCUCUAUUGAGUUGCGAAAGCUGUUUCUAGACCUUUCGCAGUGUGGAUUCUCAGAGCUUUGGUUUCAGAGUUAGGGUUUUUGAAGUGGCUCUGGUUUUGAUUUUGAGGCUUUUCAAGGUGUGAAGGUGUUGAGAUUGCGGUUUCUACAUCUCUUUCAGCGGCGUUUGUUGUAGAGAUCGGGGCAGAGAUAAGGUGAUGAGAGAUCAGUAGUGAAAAACUUCUGAUAUGGCUUCUUGUGAUGUUCCCUUGAAAGGGAGCAGCGGUAAUGGUGGCUCGGAGAGAUUCUCUUCACCUUGUGGUAAUGUUGGAAUGACUCGUUCUGAGGAUGCACUUUACACGGAGUUAUGGCAUGCUUGUGCUGGUCCUCUUGUAACUGUGCCUCAUACUGGAGAACGAGUGUUCUAUUUUCCUCAAGGCCAUAUAGAACAGGUCGAGGCGUCAACCAAUCAGGUUGCUGAUCAACAGAUGCCCGUGUAUAAAGAUCUCCCAUGGAAAAUCCUCUGUCGUGUGAUCAACGUUAAGUUAAAAGCCGAACCUGACACUGAUGAGGUUUUUGCUCAAGUGACAUUGGUCCCUGAAGCCAAGCAAGAUGACUCUAGUUUGGAAAAGGAGCCUGUUCAGCCUCCCCCUGCAAGAGCUCAUGUACAUUCUUUCUGCAAGACUCUAACGGCUUCUGAUACAAGUACCCAUGGUGGGUUCUCAGUGUUAAAAAGGCAUGCAGAUGAAUGCCUUCCCCCCUUGGACAUGGGUCGCCAACCUCCAACCCAAGAGCUGAUAGCUAAGGAUUUGCAUGGGAUUGAGUGGCGUUUCCGCCAUAUUUUUCGAGGUCAACCCCGGAGGCACCUUCUCCAGAGUGGCUGGAGCGUUUUUGUUGGCUCCAAAAAGCUAGUGGCAGGCGAUGCUUUCAUUUUUCUCAGAGGUGAAAAUGGAGAGCUUCGUGUCGGGGUCAGGCGUGCCAUGAAACAGCAGAGCAAUGUCCCAUCGUCUGUGAUAUCCAGUCAUAGUAUGCAUCUUGGAGUCCUUGCAACUGCAAUGCAUGCCAUAUCUACUGGAACAAUGUUCACUGUUUAUUACAAACCUAGGAUAAGCCCUUCUGAGUUCAUUGUUCCAUGCAACCAAUAUCUGGAGGCUCUAAAACAGAACUAUUCCAUUGGGAUGAGGUUCAAAAUGAGAUUUGAAGGUGAAGAGGCUCCAGAGCAAAGAUUCACAGGCACAGUUGUUGGCAUUGGAGAUGUUGAUCCCGAUAAAUGGCCUGGAUCCAAGUGGAGAUGCCUCAAGGUGCGAUGGGAUGAAACUGCUUCUGUUCCUCGUCCAGAGAGAGUUUCUCCAUGGAAAAUUGAACCUGCUUUGGCACCUGCAGCAUUGAAUCCCUUACCGGUACCCAGGCCUAAAAGGCCACGUGGGAAUAUGGUGGCUCCAUCCACGGAUGUGAGCCCUCUUCCUAGGGAAGGUUCAUCAAACCCAGUGGACUCUUCACAACCCUAUAUAUUCCCCAGGGCUUCACAGGUCCACGAAGCCAUGAAUCGGCACUCCUUCACUGACACAGGUGACUCAGAUGCACCCCAAAAGCUCAACUCAUGGGGGCCUUCGGUGCUUGAUGAUGACAAAUCUGAACCUGCCUCUCAGAAAAGAUUGGGUUCAGAAAACUGGAUGCCACAUUUCAUGCAUGAGCCCCCAUCAUACGCAACCCCUCAUGGCUUUGGCUCUGAGGACCCCAAUCUUCUCAAGAAACACAUGAUACAAGACUACGAAGGAAAAGUCAACUUAAAGGCAAACCCUUGGCCUAUGAUAUUGAAGGAUACUUCUCCUAACUUGAAGAUGUCUUCACAAAUUAAUGAAAUUCCUUAUCAAAAAACAGGAAAUCCUAGGUACGGUGGACUAGGAGGGUAUCCUCCUGUGCAUAAUCUUGGAUCCAAUAGCCCCUCAGGGAAUUGGCUAAUGUCUCUUAUGCCCUCAUCGAAUGGAAUCGAUGGAGGAGCAAAGAAACCCCAAUUUGAGCCCUCAAAUGGUAAAAUUGCAGCAAAUGGGGGAGCUCGACCAUCAGAUGGGAAUUGUAAACUGUUUGGGAUCGAUUUGUUCAACCAUUCGGUUGCUCCUGAACAGGCACUAGGGCAAACCAAGGCCCGUGAGGAAGCUGAAGUGCACUCAGGCCCUUCUUUUUAUCGAUCAUCACAACAAGCCUCGGAAGCCGACCAAAUUUCAGAGCCUUCGAAGUGCUCAAAGUCAGGUGAUGGCUACUGUGGAGGAAGCGAGCAAGAGAAGCCUUCUCAGUAUUGUAACCACCACAAUCCCUCUAAGGAAACUCAGUGCAAGGCUCAGAGUGGUGCAGUUAGAAGUUGCACAAAGGUUCACAAGCAGGGGAGUGCUCUAGGAAGGUCAGUCGACCUUACAAAGUUCAAAGGAUAUGAUGAGCUCACACUUGAGCUUGAUCAGAUGUUUGAUUUUGGAGGGGAACUCAUGUCUCCGAACAAAGCUUGGCUUGUUGUUUACACUGAUAAUGAAGGUGACUUGAUGCUCGUUGGCGACGAUCCAUGGCCCGAGUUCUGCAAUAUGGUGAGGAAGAUAUUCAUAUACACGAGGGAAGAGGUGCAGAAGAUGAACCCUGGUUCUCUCAAUCACCACCGAUCUGAAGAGAGAGAGGAGCCUUCUUCCCCUCAUGGAGAGGUAGUGGUGGGGAGCAAAGAAACCAAGCAUCAGCAAACCUCACCUUCAGUUCCCACCCCUGAUCGAGAUUACUGCUAGCGAUUCCGCUGCCACUACCAAGCGGUACUCUCUGACCGCAAACAAGAGAGAUUGCGAGGUGAGGUUUUGUAAUGUGAAAUUCCAGUGUGCGAGCUUUGCAUUUACCCAUCUCAAGGCGAGGUUUUGUGAUGUCUUUCCCAUUUAGCCCUCUACUUAUCCUUCCCUCCCUCUCUAUUGCGAGGGUCGGCAAUGUGAAUUUAUCCUGGGAUUUUCCUUUCAGGCUUGCCACCUCCCACCACCCCCACUGCCAUUGUCUUUCCAUCUCCUGGUGAGGUUUUGCAAUGUGAAUUCCCCAAGUGACUUUCCCACUCUGCCUGGCCUCUCUCUCUCUGUGCAAGGCGAGGCAUGGUCGGGGCCAGGCAUUGAAGGAAGUGUUUGUUACUUUUGUAUAGAGGAUUUACGUGUUAUCAUGGAGCUCUGCCCUUUCUUACCCACCUUUGUAUAAAUCAAUGAAUCUUUGUUUUUGGCACCAGACC